AUGGUCUAUCAAGGAAAGCCUAGUGCCGGCUGCCAGAAUUGCAGAAAGCGGAAGAUCAAGUGCGAUGAAGCGGUCCCGGCCUGCUCUCAGUGCAUCAACACCAAAAGGCAAUGCCCUGGCUACCUUGCCCGUUUCGACCUCGUCCUACGUGACCAGACUAAAGCAGUCCGGCGCAAGGCCCAACGCAAGAAGCAGCAACAAGAUGAAGGGCCAAAGCCUCCCUCACCACCUCAGUCUGCAUCUUCAGAGGAUCCCGUGUCAACGACGUGGGCCAUUGUCAAUCCCGGGGGAGACCCGUCCCGCGCUGUUGCCAAACGUUAUUCACCAAAUGAACCUGUCCCAAGGAUGUUCAACGAUUUCCCGGAGCAACAAGCCAUCUGUGCCUUCUUCCUCGAUUUCGUCCUUCUGCCUCGCCAUCCCGACAGUAUAGAAGGCCAUCUCGAACACUUACUACCUCUGUACACUACCACUAGUGCUGACUCGCCUUUAUCCUUAGCUACUUCAUCAGUGGCUUUGAUGAUCUCCGGAGGUUCGCCGACCAGACGCAAUGACCAGCAGCUUGGUCGAACCAUCUUUGGGAAAGCGUUGCGGAAGACGAGUGCGGCCAUUCGAAAUCCGGAAGAGUCGAGGAAGGAUGAGACGUUGAUGGCGGUUCUUCUCCUGGGCUUGUUCGAGAAAAUCGCUGCUACGGCUACGGCUACAACUCCUUCAGACGCCGAGAAGUCCAGUAUGGUUUCAACGCACAAUGCCGGAGCAGCGGCUCUGGUGAUGCAUCGAGGUCAGGAGAAUUGCAAGUCGUCGCUGUCUGUAGGCUUGCUUUUCUCUGUCCGCUCUCAGCUUGUCGAGCAUGCCAUCGAAGAAGGCACCUCAUUCAAGAGAUGCCCUGAUGCCUUAAGUGCAAUGUUCAAGUCACUCCCUCAAAAUGCCGCCGCCCGCCUUACCUCCGCCACAAUCAACAUCGCCGAUCUCCGCUCGUGCGCCAGAUCCGCCCUCCUCCUCCCAUGGAGCCCCGACUCCGAAAAAGAAGUCAACGAUCUACUCGAAUACGCCAUAUCCGUGGACCUCCUCGUGGCGGCUUGGCCCGAAAGCCUGCCCGAAGGAUGGAAGUGGACCUCAGCCGAUCACUUCGACCUCCCACCAGCCACCGUCUCCCGCGAUGCCUACAUCUACAAAGACCGUAAGGACAUCUACCUUGACCUCUGGGUAGAAUCGAUUUGGAAUGCCUACCGCUCCGCUCGCGUGAAAGUGCAGACGAUCAUUCUCGACUGCAUCGCCUGGCUCGACAAGCCUUGCGAGCACCAUUGGUACUGGCGCGCUAUAUACGCUAAGAUGAUGACGCAAGAAAUGAUUGACGACAUGUGCGCUUCGGUGCCCUACGCUCUCGGCACAAAGACAUUCGGCAGCCCAGGCGACAGAGAAGGAAUCGAGUACCCCUACAACGGCACGCAAAAGGCAUGUGAGGACCACCGCCGUGCCGCCGCCGCCCUUGGCGGCUGGCAUCUUCUCGAACCCAUGAAGACGUCGCUCAAGACCAGGACGGAAUGUUUGCGCGAAGGGCAGAGAGAGUGGGUAAAGUCGCAAAUGGCGCGAAUCUGGCGCAUCUAUUCACUCCAGACAGCGGAGGGGAAUGCAAACCCGAUUUCACCAACCAAGACCAGCACCAAGAUCAAAGGCGUCAAGCUGGUCUCGCUUACGACCGAUAAGGAGCUGUUGCCGCAGCAGCUGUGCUACUGUCUGGGUUCCGGCCAUCUGAAGGGGGUGAAGGAACUCGAGGAUUUCGCGUCGAGGAGAGAAGACGCGAAAGCCACGAAGAUGUUGCUGUUGAAGGACAAGAGGGGACAAGGCAUUGAGCAAUCGCGAGGAUAUGAGCCUGAACAAGCAGGAACAUUAAUGGGUUUCGAGUCCGCCAGAGACUUCCACAAGCUGAGAGCUCGGAACAUCGCAUUCCGAACGGCAAGCUGUGCGCAAAAUCUCUCGAGAGCAGACUCAACCCAUUUCUCGAGGGUUUCCGGUGCCAGAUCUGCACUCAACCAACAUCUCACCGUCGGCAAGGACCGCAAAACCACUCUUUCCGCGGGAAUCUCCCAGCUUCCUGAUGAUCAAUGA